AUGAGGAAGCUGGAAGAUGUACCUGCUAAAGUCUGGGAAUCGAUUAAACGGUUGGGUGUUGAAGGGAAUGAGGAUGAUGAAGUGUUUCAAGGAAUUAUUAGAAAAAUAGAGACUUCAGAUAGAGUGGUUGCGAUUGUAAAGAAAAAAGGUAUAGCAGAUGUUUGCUUUUUGCAAGAAACCAAAUGUAAGAGUAUGAAGGAUGUUAUGGUGAAAAGCUUCUGGGGUGAUGAAGAUUGUUUAUGGUCCGUAAGUGAUUCGUCGGGGCAAUCAGGUGGAAUUCUUACAAUCUGGAGAGCGGUUUUCCUUACUCCCUUAUUUAGUUUUAGGGGUAGUGGCUUUUUGGGUUUGUCUGUUAUUUGGAGAGGUAAAAAGUGCUUAUUCCUAAAUGUAUAUUCUUCGUGUGUAUUGUCGGAAAAAUGUAAGAUGUGGGCUGAAAUUCUGGACCUUAAAUCAAAGUUUUUUUUUGGGGAGUGGGUGGUUGGUGGUGAUUUCAACUCUACAAAAUGCAAAGAAGAAAAAAGAGGCAAAGGUGGUCAUAGUAGACUUGAAAUAGAGGAAUUUAAGUCCUUUAUUGAGCUAUUGGGGUGUGAUGAUCUCCCCAUUAAAGGUAAUAGUUUUACAUGGUUCAACGGAAGUGGGAGUUGUUGCAGCAGGCUUGAUAGGCUUCUUAUUUCUCCUGGAUUGAUUAGCGAGUGA